GGUGUCGUGUCUCCGUCUCAUGCUGGUUUGCGGCGAAAUAUUAUUUGAAUCCUAAUAUUUUAACUGCAAAGAGCAAUAUUGUAUACAUUUUAAAACAAUGUCUAGAUGCUACAAUGAGUGACAUGUAACAGAUGGAAGGGAUGGAUGACUUUGAUACAUAUUACGACGAAAUUGAUGAGGACCUUAUACAGGCAUAUCUCAAUGGCGAGACCAUUGAUCCGGAGCUUGAGGCCUUCCUGUCCUCGUACGAAAAAAACUAUGGCCAAGAAUAUGAAGAGAUUCCAAGUCUCUCUCUGCUGGAGGUUGGGGAGAACUGCAUGCUCCCCGUACUCACUGAGGCCUUAAAGGUCCUCCUGCCUUUGUUGGCACUGUCCUUUAUAUUCAAGCUUAUAUCAAAUUUGUGGAAACCAGAUGCUGAGGAAGUUGGAGUUCCACGCUCGUUUCUGCACCUGACAAGUGCCCUAUUUGGUAUUUUGGCGUUACAUCUGGUGUUUUCGCGUGACUUGGUGUACAUCCUGUACUGUUGUUGUCUAGUUUACCUCGUCCUAAUUGCCGUCCAUGUCCUGCGUCGCCAGUACUGUGGAAUUGCUGUCUCGGCCUUCAUUGUUGUCUAUGUAUUAUUAUGUGAGCUCUAUCUUGUGGAUGAAACAGCAUGGCAUAGAGUAAGAGGUGCUCAGAUUAUCAUGUCUAUGAAGGUAAUAGGUCUGGCGUUUGAUGUCGCUAGCGGAGCUGAGGAGAUGCCGUCCAUGUUCGAAUACCUCGGCUACGUGUUGUGUGUGGGCACUGUGAUAUUUGGCCCCUGGGUUAGCUACCAAGACUACAAAAACUUGCUAUGUCAGGAUCGUAAAUCUAUGAACAUGUGGUGGAUAGUUCGCAUUGCCAGAAGUGGUGCUGUCAGUCUGGUAUGCAUGGUCUACUCAACCUGUUUUCUCACAAACUGGCUCAUCCCAAGCUCCAGCUAUAGGUGGAUACUGGCCUACAGAGAUGCUCAGUCUUUCCGUUUUAGUCACUACUUUGUGAGCUUUGCCUCAGAGACGACUGCCUUACUCUGCGGAUUUAGGGGCUCCUUCUACAAGGAUAAUGAAUCUCGCUGGUCAGUGUCCAAGCCUUACCAUAUUGAGGUGCCGCGGUCAUUGGUAGAGGUGGUCACCUACUGGAAUCUUCCAAUGCACUACUGGCUUAAAACAUAUGUGUUUAAACCAUCUCGGAUAUUUGGAACAUUUGUGGCUGUGAUUCUUACAUACACUGCUAGUUCUUUACUUCAUGGUUUGAAUUUCCAGUUAGCUGCUGUUCUUUUCUCACUAGGAUUUUAUUCAUAUGUUGAAUUUGUGUUUAGGAAUAAGUUGUCCAGAAUAUUCAAUGCCUGUAUCCAAGCCAAGACGUGCCCUGACAGCUGUGGUCAUGAGUAUACAUCAUAUCAUCCACUUGUACUACUGACAAAUGUGUGUUUUGCACUGUUAGCAGUAUUUCAUCUUGCCUACCUUGGUCUCAUGUUUGACAGCAGCAGGGAACAAGACAAGGGCUACACAAUGAAGCAUACCCUGGAGAAGUGGGCCAACCUCGACUAUGCCAGCCACUGGGUAGUCCUCGGGACAUAUAUAUUUUACCUGAUCAUUUAGGUGAACAUAAGCUGUGGGAGCUUGGUGGUCGUCGCUACACAGAUUAAAUAGGAGGAGGAGAUUCUGCUGCUGGUAGAUUUUACGUAUUACAUGUUUUGCUUAUAUUUUUAUAUGUAACUUUGUUAUAUUUGUACGCAAUGUGUUAAAUAUAGUUAGACUGAUCUUGUCAUUAAAUGAUAGCAGUUGCUAUAGAUAUAUAUAAAUAUAUAUACAUGUUUUUGCAUUAUGGAUCUGAAAUUCAUGUUUUACUCUUAUUCAUGUAAUGAAAAAAUGAAUGUCAUGGUUAAACACAGAUGUUUUGUACACAUGGCAGCAUCAAGACAAAGUCUUGUGUGAUGGUUGAACCAAUGACCCAUGUCAAUGUAACAAAAAC